AACGUCGGAUAGCUCACUGCAAUAUAGUGUCUCUACGAAGAACGUGCCUGUCUUGAAUCGCAGCGCCAGUCUGUCAGAACUGUUGGCUGCCUAUACAAUUCAGUUAUUUCAUCACAUUCAUAUACAACAUACACCACAACAAUGGCUGGAUAACACGAACCGUGUGUGCAUUGUGUUUUACUUACGCCGAAAAAAAACAUGUAACGCAAUCAUGUAGCCGGACAUCACUGACCAGCACUGCAGAUAUGACUUGGCACUUGGAAGCGGCCGUUUUGAUAUUGGUCAUCGGUGCCGUCCACGGUGGCUACGAAGAGCCAGGGCCUAAGUACAGAUGUCCGAAACCUGGGAGCGUCAAAGAGCAGUCGUUGCAUCCUUGCCGUUGCGUGGGCGAGUCCGACAAUGGAUUGGCGUUGCAUUGCGAAAACAGUAAUUUGGCGACACUAUCCGUCGGGCUGUCGAACGUGGCGUCGCUGAGCAACGAAGUCGUCUUGGAUAACUUGACCAUAUCCUCGUGCAAUAUCGGCCGUUUUUACGGUGAUUUGUUUUACUCGACCGCCAUCAAUAGGCUGUUCAUCUGGGAUACGCCGGUAGUGGUGAUGGACGACGAUUUGUUCAUCGGAAUCAAUCAGACUCUUGUCGAACUGCACAUAGUGAAUUCCAAAUUGGCCGAAUUCCCCGCCGUGCCGUUUAGAAUACUUGGUAACUUGAAAGUACUAAACCUGGACAAACACGCUAUAUUCAAUUUGCCGGCCAACAUAUUCGCUUCUAGUCAACUACCGGCUCGUCUGGAAAAAUUGCACAUAGCCAACGGAAAGCUGUCUUCUCUGUCACCCGACACGUUUGUCGCGUGCAAAAAGCUCAAGCAUCUCGACCUCCGUGGCAACCAGUUGGAAACAUUGCAAAAGAAUCAGUUCAAAGGGCUGAGAGAUCUCGACGUGUUGGAUCUUUCCGACAACAGUAUCGGUAAAGUCGAUUCCUCGAAUUUCGGCGACUUGACAAAAUUGGUUACCAUCAAUUUGGCAAACAAUUCGCUGCCGGCCGUCACUAGAGGAACGUUUGCUAGGAAUACGUUACUGCGGUCGAUGAACCUGAGCCAUAACAAACUGACCAAGUUGGAUUCGGAGUUGUUUCGAGGGUUGCGAUUCCUUCGAAGGUUGUACCUCCACGACAACGAGAUCGGCCAAAUCGAACGGGGCACUUUCGCGUCCAUGACCAGGAUAGGAACUAUAGAUUUGGCCAGGAACCGAAUUCGCGUUAUCGACUACCAGAUGUUCGCCGGUCAGAACUACAUCGAAAUUAUCGACGUGUCUGAAAAUCAGAUAACUAAAAUCGAAAAGUUGUCGUUCAAAAAUCUGUAUUUGGUUCACAUAAACCUGUCGAAAAACAACAUCACGACUAUCGAAAGCGGAGCGUUCGAGAAUUGCGCCAACAUCACUGUGCUGGACAUGUCUUACAAUUUGAUUAGCGAGAUACCAAAAACGGCGUUUGACAACAUAACCUACGCCACGGUGUUGCAGCUUUCCUACAAUCAACUGACGGACAUGUCCCAGGUGCCGAUCGGCAACAUGGCGGGCAUUAAAGUGCUGAACAUUACACAUAACAACAUCACAGUAAUUCCCAAAGGAACGUUCCCGAAGCUCUUCGAACUGCACACGCUGGACUUCAGCCACAACGCGAUUAGAACCAUUAGUCCCACCGUGUUCCAGCCGCUGCUCAGUCUGCGCUCCGUCAACCUGAGCCACAACGCUUUAGAAGACCUCAAGUCCAGCACUUUCGGGACCCUGCCCACUUUGCUCGAGCUGUUUUUGAGCUGGAACUCGCUGAGGAAAAUCAACGCGGCCACGUUCAUCAAGAUGUCGUCGUUGAGUCACCUGGACCUAAGGCACAACGAUAUCGCUCAGAUACCCACAAUACCGAUAUCGCUGUCCAGCAUCACGAUGAGCCACAACUCCAUUUCCAACGUAUCGCCGGACCGCGCUUGGCCGUCGAUGAACGCCUUGCUGUCACUCGACCUGAGCCACAACUCUUUGGGCGACAGUCUCAACGCCGAUUCGUUUUCCAAACUGUUGUCGCUGCAGAGGUUGAUACUGGAUUACAACGCGAUCACUACACCCCCGAGCGCCGCUUUGUCUCCACUAGUAUCCUCCAGACACCUGUCGAUGAGAGGCAAUGACAUUAACCAUCUUGAUUCAAAAGCUUUCGGCGUACUGCCUGUAGUGUUCUACUUAGAUUUGUCGUUGAAUAAUAUUUCUCAAAUAGAGCCCAACGCGUUUAAUGGACUGUUGCAACUUCAACUGUUGAAUCUGACUGGCAACGAUUUGACUGAUAUACCGAAUGGUGCUUUUAGAGGCUUAGUAUCCCUAAACACGCUGGACUUGUCACACAACCAAUUAAGUUCUCUGGACAACAAGACCAACAGUUUGCUAGAAGAUUGUCUUUCCUUGAAACACUUGAAUCUUAGUCACAAUCACUUUUCGUUUUUCACGAAAAAAUCGUUUCCCAGCCACCAGUACACGCCCAGUUCCUUGGAAACGAUUGACAUAAGCUACAAUGAAAUACCUGUAGUGACCAAGGACUUAAUUGUUGGCACCAACAAAGUAACGUACUUGAAUUUAAGUCACAAUUCGAUCGAUGAAAUUAGGCCAGGUGUACUGGGAAAUUUGACUUCAUUGAAAACGUUUGAUUUGUCAUUUAAUAGUUUGGGAAUGAUGAACAAUUUAGGAAAUAUGCCCGCAAACUUGUCAACUCUUUUGUUGUCUAAUAACAAACUAAAAAAGUUACCUAAAGAGAUAUUGAACGUAGUGCCAAAGCUGAUUGAGUUUGAAGCAGAAAACAAUUUAAUCACCAGCUUACCACCGGAAAUAGCCAAAGUUGCAGGAAAAGGACCCAAUAUUUCGGUCAAAGGUAAUCCGAUUGAAUGUGACUGUGCACUUAUACCCAUCAAAAGAAUGUUAAACUCUAAGCUGACCGUCGAUCCGUAUUGGUCUCAUCUCACAUGUAUACAGUUAUUGUCUUCGGAAGUAUCGUAUGUUAAAAAUUUGAACGAAAACCAAUUAAUCUGCGAUGUGCCCAUCGAUAGCGAUGACGGUGCGUUCUCCGUUACUCCAGACGUUAAAUUCAGGAGUUUGAAAAAGGCCGGUAACAAAUAUUUAAAGAUUGAUUGGCUGGUACUUCAAAAUAAAGAGGAUAUUGCCGACUUUGUGAUAUUUAGUGGCGGCACCAAAGUAGAAGAACGAAGCUAUUCGAAACAAGUGCCGUACAACUUCAGAUCACAAACAAUCCGUCCUACUUUUGUAAAAACCUCGACAAAGUUAUGUAUACUGGCUAGAAACAGUUUCGGUCAGGAGAGACAAAUAAAAAAAUCCCAGUGUGUGGAUAUUGGCAAUUUAGGUCCAUGGAAUCUAAGUAGUGCAACCAACAACGUAUUGCAUAGCUUGUAUUUUGUUGUUAGCUUUUUGCUCACGUUUAAUAACAUUUUAUUGAAUUAUUAAUCGUUGUAUACAUUGGUAGUGUUUUUUUUUUAAAUUUAAAUUAUAUAUAUUCUGUUCCAUUUAUGUACACUACCUUAGUUACCAUUAUGAUUUUUGUACAAUAUAAAUGUUUAUAAAAUGUUUUGUUAAAUACUGAACGUUGUGACUUUGAAAGAGUCUACUCUUUCAAUUUACCAGGCUCCUUUAGUACACUUAUAAUAUAAACAAAUUGAUGUUGAAUUAUGUCUAUUUAUCAUCACACAAAGUUUGAAAGGGAAACCAAUUAAAAUAAAUCACAUU